AUGCGGCCGAGGCGGCCCACCACGGAGGCGCCGCUGGCGCUGGUUCUGGUGGUGGCCGUGUCGCUGCUGGCCACGGGCGCCGGGCACAGCGUGCCGGCUGCCCCCAGCGCCGCAGCCCCCGCUGAGCGAGCGGCCAGCGGCGACGAGGUGGUGGGCGAGGCGGUGGCGGGGGCGGAGGAGCCCAUCACGACCGACGCGCAGCGCCGCCAGCUCGUGCGCGACGCCCUCGCAGAGACGCCGCUCAUCGACGGGCACAACGACCUUCCGUGGAACAUCCGCAAGUUUGUCCACAACCAACUGCGCGACCUAAACCUUGCCGAAGACCUGCGCGACGUGGAGCCGUGGUCGCGGAGCCCGUGGUCCCACACUGACCUGAUGCGCAUGCGUGCAGGACUCGUUGGAGGGCAAUUCUGGGCGGCGUACGUGCCUUGCGAGUCGCAGCAGCUGAACGCGGUGCAGUUGACGCUGGAGCAGAUCGACCUGAUCCGCCGCUUCAUCGACAAGUACCCAUGCCAGCUCGCCUUCGCCGCCUCCGCAGACGAGAUCGUGUCGGCGCACGCGGGGCGCCGGAUCGCCAGCCUGAUCGGCGUGGAGGGCGGCCACAGCAUCGGCAGCAGCCUGGCUGUGCUGCGGGUCCUCUACACUCUGGGCGUCCGCUACAUGACGCUCACGCACGCCUGCCACACGCCCUGGGCGGAUUCCUCGUCAGACCACAACGAUGAUAAGUUCCCACAUCAUGGUGGUUUGACGUCCUUCGGCAAGGUUGUGGUCCGCGAGAUGAACCGCCUGGGCAUGAUGGUGGACCUGUCGCACGCCAGCGUGAGGACCAUGAAGGACGCGCUGGAGACCAGCAAGGCGCCCGUCAUCUUCUCCCACUCCAGCGCCUACUCCAUCUGCAACAGCUCCAGGAACGUGCCCGACGACGUCCUCAGGCAGCUGGCGGUGAACGGUGGUCUGGUCAUGGUGACCUUCUACAGUUAUUUCGUCAAGUGUGGUCCUCGAGCGUCCGUUUCGGAUGUUGCAGACCACAUUCAUUAUAUACGGUCGCUGAUCGGUGUUGACCACAUCGGAAUCGGAGGAGACUUCGACGGAAUAAAUAGGACUCCGCGCGGCCUAGAGGAUGUGUCCAUGUAUCCUGAGCUGUUUACCGAGCUGCUACGGCGGGGCGACUGGACCCCGGACGAUCUGAAGAAGGUCGCAGGACUGAACCUGCUGAGAGUAUUCCGCGCCGUUGAAAAGGUGCGGGAUGAGAUGCGAGCCGCCGGGGUGGUGGCGGGGGAUGACAUGGUGCCCGGCCCCGGCGUGGUGGCCACCUCGCCCUGCACUUUCGACAUCUCCAGGGCCGAGCGCCAGAUGGAGCUGUGACGUCUCCCUUCUGGUGUACUCGUGACUUUGUCGGACAUUCCUGACGGGUUUUAAGAUGCUCGAUCACUGAUACCGUCAUUUAUUUGCUCUUCA